AUGAGUGGCUGGUCGGAGCAAGAUGGUCUACUGUCUCAACUCCAAAAUGGCUUCCGACGAAACCGGCGAUAUGAGGACAAACUUUUCGUGCUCACCCAGACCAUCGAGGUGGCACGGAGAAAAACUAGAGGCCUGCUCGGACGCUUUCUGGAUGUAGCCAAGGAUAGUGUGCCACAUGCAGAGUGGUUCCGCCAGUUAGAAAAACGGCAAAUUCCGAGCAUCUGGACAGGCUUCCGCCGGCAGCUCUAUGCAGAUAGCUUGGUGGUGGCAUGUUUCAGGGACACCAGAGCGCAGCCUGUGAAGGUGAAAAGAGGACUCGGGCAGAGCGGCCCUUUGUCUUCACUGCUGCUCAUGCUCUAUGUGGCGGGGCUCGAUGAGGCACUCGUGGAAUAG